AUGACAAAUGGGAAUCGCAAUGAUGACAACCACAACACACUUAUCAAGAAGCUCAUGGAUAUUCUUCUAUGCAGAGGAGAUCUAGCCGCUGAGAAACGCGACAGAACACCCGUUUCCGUUCUUGAACUGUUCCGAUUUGCUUCGAAAAGAGAUCGCUACUCUAUGGCAACUGGAUGUGUUCUGGCUCUCAUCGUAGGAUCAGUUCUACCCGUGAACUGCGUUUUAGGUGGCCUAUACGUAAACAUUUACCUGACAGACGCUAAUCAUUACUUUCUUCGUUUGGCUAGUCGUAAUAUUGCUAAACGGAUUAGAAAAGAGUUCGUUAUGGCAGUACUGAGGCAAAACGCGGCUUGGUUCGACAAGAACUGUGCAGGAUCAAUUACAACCCAACUGAAUGAAAACAUUUCGCAAAUUGAGGACGGCAUUGGGGACAAGAUGGGAAUGUUGGCUAGAGGAAUUUCCACCCUCAUUGCAUGUGUCACCUUUGCUCUUGUGUCCAGCUGGAAGAUCACGUUGGUUUGCGUGGGCGUUGCUCCAGUGAGCGUCAUAACAAUGGCGGUUAUGUCACGGAUGUCGUCGUCGGCGAUGCAAGGGAUGAUGACUGUUGCUGGCGCAGCAGGAGCCCUGGCUGAGGAGGCGAUAAUGAACGUGAAAACGGUGUCGGCGUGUAACGGGCAGAACCACAUGAUCAAGAAAUACCAGCAGCAGCUGAAGAAUGGCUUGCCGUUCGCAAUUCGCUACGGCUUCAUCUGCGGCUUCUUUGAAGGCUUGAUGUUCUUUCAACUAUACGUGUUCUACGCUGCUGCCUUUCUAUAUGGAAUUCCAAGUUAUUAUCAUGGAAUAACACCAGAACCAGGAACAAUCUUCAUUACGUCAUCUGCUAUAUUGUUCGGUAGGCCAAAAAUUUUCGCCCGAAGCUCAUACUUCUUCGGCUUACUUGGUCCCCAUAUGAUGGCGAUUGAGAAGGCGAGAAUGGCAGCUGCGAUCAUCUACGAAACAAUUGAUACAGAAGGAGGUGGUUCCGAAGAUGGAGAAGAAAUGCAUUCAUGCGAAGGACGAUUAGAAUUUAAAGAUGUUCACUUCAAAUAUCCAUCUAGAUGGUUUCAUCGCAGGGAGACUCCUGUACUUCUUGGUUUGAGUUGGUUUGCAGAGCCAGGAGAGACGGUCGCUUUUAUUGGGCUUUUAACACGACUCUACGACUGUCAUAAGGGAUCAAUGUUCAUUGACGGCCGCGAUAUUCGUACAAUCAAGGUCAGAGAUCUGAGAAAGGUGAGAGCCCACUCGAUUGCAGCGUUGAACGAAUUCCGUGAUAGACACUUGCAGAUGAUUGGUAUCGUGCAGCAGGAGCCAUGCCUAUUCAACGGCACCAUUCUCGAAAAUAUAGUCCUCGGUAGACCGAUCAGCGACGAACAGGCUAAAGAUGCUGCCCGGAUGGCCAAUGCUCAUGACUUCAUCGUUAAGCUGGAAAAGGGCUACGACACAGUAAUCGGGACCGGUGGUGUUACUCUAUCAGGAGGUCAGAAACAGCGACUUGCCAUCGCCCGCGCAGUGGCAACUGAGCCGAGAAUUCUGCUUCUUGAUGAAGCAACCAGCGCUUUGGACUCAGAGAGUGAAAAGAUUGUGCAGUUAGCACUAAACAAAGCGUCUCGAGGUCGGACAACAGUGGUGAUUGCUCAUCGCCUAAGUACACUGAAAGAUGUUCAACGGAUCUAUGCAAUUGAAGGCGGUAAGAUUGUAGAAGAAGCGGUUGUAUAUGCAUAUAUCACUAAGUUUGUCGGUAACAUUGCACCCAAUAGUACAAAGUACACAGGAACGCAUUUGGAGUUAAUGGAAAGCGGAGGUCUUUACAGCAGCUUGGCAAAAGCACAAGAAAUUGGGAUAGGCUUUGGUGGCUGGUCAGCUGAAGCAGCGACGUCAAAUAUUCGUGUAGAGGUAUUAAGGAGCCUGCUAAGCCAGAAUGCUGAGUUCUUUGAUCGUCCACACCGCAGUAAUGCGGAAUGUGUUGCUGAACUUUCUUCGAAAGCUCCAGAUAUACAAGCGCUCUGCAUAGAGAUCUUCGAGCAUGCGCUCACCAUCCAGUUACUCGCCGUUGAAUCGUACUUUCUCAAGAAAUACGAACAAUAUGAAAUGAAAGUGAAAACGCAACGAAAAAGGCUUGUGGUAUAUGAAUCGAUACAAUUCGCAAUCACUCAGUGCUACCUCUACUUUUCUGACAUGGUCACAUAUUUCAUCGGGGCGUAUAUGGUUUUCUAUGGAAAAGCGCAAGCCGUGGAAACUGUUGUGUCAGCGAUGAGUGCCAACCUUGCCGGCUGGGCUGUGAUAUUCGCAUCAGCUACAUUUGGUGAUUUUGUGCGGUCGCACUUUGCCGCGCAGUCGUUGUACGAUCUGAUCGACAGCUGUACAAAGCCCGAAGCAGGACAGACACCUGUCAUUCAAGGAUCGCUCAAAGUUGAACACGUAGACUUCAGCUAUCCUUCAAGACCAGACGUAAAGGUGGCAAAAAAUUUGAAUCUCGUGGCUCGAAACGGACAGGCUAUAGCUCUUGUCGGAGCAUCAGGUUGUGGAAAGAGUACCGUGAUCCAACUUUUGGAAAGAUUCUACGAGCCUGACGCUGGAAAUAUUAAAAUUGAUGAUUUGGUUUUAAACAAAAUCUGCCGUGUUCAUCUUCGUAACAACAUAGCGCUUGUCGGACAAGAGCCAGUACUUUUCAAAGGGUCGAUACUUGAGAAUAUCACUCUUGGAAUCGAUGAAGAAAUCAGUUUGACUCAGGUUCAAGAAGUGUGCAGGCAGGCUAAUGCAGCAGACUUUAUCGAAGCUUUCCCAUCGGGUUACGAAACCAAUGUUGGUGAAAAGGGUUCCAAUUUAUCUGGUGGCCAAAAGCAAAGAAUUGCCAUCGCUAGAGCGCUGAUUCGGAAUCCGAAAAUCAUUUUACUGGAUGAAGCAACAAGCGCUCUUGACACCGAAAGUGAAAAGAUGGUACAAAAGGCAUUAAACGAAGCGAGUCAUGGUCGAACAUCGCUAACAAUAGCACAUAGGUUGAGCACAAUCAAAGGUGCAGACAGGAUCUACUACAUCGAAAACGGCAGCGUAAUAGAGUACGGAACUCACGAGGAGCUUAUCGAGGCAAAUGGGAAGUAUGCGUUAUUAGUGGAAGCUCAACAACUUGGUAUUACCGAGACAGUUCACACACUCCCAUUUGGACCCGAUAAGGUAUGUUUACAAACUCUUCCCACAACAAAUUUAUUUCCAUCCUUCUAA